UACGAUUUGUGCCCCAGUUCUUUUUCAAUUCCCUCCAUUUCCUUUCCGGUUUCAUUUGCUGCAAUUACAAUUAGAAUACAUGGGAGAAGGAUAAAGAAAAGCUUCCCUGCUUCACUAAAAAGGGGUUUCCUUUUUAACUGGCCAAAGCAAAAGUCUUUUCGUUAUCCCUAAGCCAGAUUCUCUCUCUCUCCCAUUUCUCAAAAAUCUUCAUUGGUGGCUUUUCAUUCACGAGCUCGGAAACAAAAACUACUCAACAAGCCGUCUUCUCUCUGGCACCGAACCCAAUAACCCACCAAACUGGUAAAUAAUUUUAUUAGGAAGGAACAAGAAGUCGAAAAAGGAAUGGCAAGAGAGAAGAUUCAGAUUAAGAAAAUUGAUAACAGUACAGCAAGGCAAGUAACUUUUGCCAAAAGGAGAAGAGGGUUGUUUAAGAAAGCUGAGGAGCUCGCCAUUCUUUGUGAUGCAGAUGUUGCUCUUAUUAUUUUCUCAUCUACUGGGAAGCUGUUUGACUAUGCUAGCUCAAGCAUGAAGGAGAUACUAGAAAGGCACCAUUUGCGCUCAAAGAACCUUGAGAAGCUGGAACAACCUUGUCUUGGGCUGCAGCUUGUAGAACACAGCAACCAGUCCAUGCUGACUAUGGAAAUAGCAGAGAAAAGUCAUCAGCUGAGGCAAAUGAGAGGUGAGGAACUCCAUGGAUUAAAUAUUGAAGAACUACAGCAGCUAGAAAAAUCUCUGGAAAUUGGGUUGAGCCGUGUGAUGGAGAAAAAGGGUCAAAGGAUUAUGAGAGAAAUCAAUGACCUUCAAAGAAAGGGAAUGCAAUUGAUGGAAGAAAAUGAACGAUUGAAACAGCAGAUAAUUAACGGCCCAAGACAAGUUGCCGGUGACUCGGACAAUAUUAUCUUCGGUGAGGAAGGUCAGUCAUCGGAGUCGGUGACCAACGUCUGCACCUCUAACGGUAACCCGCAUGACUACGAAAGCUCCGUUACAUCCUUGAAAUUAGGGUUACCAUAUUCUGGUUAACUGUGCGGGAGGAUUUGUGGCGAUCGACUUGGAGUACGAUAUAAAUGAUCACUUGGAUUGAUAUUGAAAUGAAAAGCUAACUGACCUUGAUGUUUUUUACUUCAAUUUUAAUCAAAAACUUGGAUCGGAUACUUGGGUUGAGGAAA